AUGGAGUUCAAAGGAGUGUGUGUGCUGCUGGGAGUGCUAGUACUGGUGAACUGCUCGUUUCAGCAGAGACCACCGAGAAAGAAGCCAGUGAAAAAAGACACAGCGAAGGAUGCUGACAUCAAGGAUCUACAAAAACAGAUCAACGACAUCAUCCAGGAGCUCAACGUAGUGAAGGAACAACAAGUCCUGCAGACAGUGUGUUUGAAAGGCGUAAAGAUCAACAACAAGUGUUUCUUGGCUGACACUGUGGGAAAAAGCUAUCGCGCUGCCAGUGAGGACUGCAACGCCCGGGGCGGUGUCCUCGGUACACCCACAUCCAGCGAUGACAACGACCGGCUCAGAGACUACAUCCGCCAGAGCAUCGGCCCAGACGAGCAGGUCUGGCUGGGCUUCAACGACAUGGUGACCGAGGGCAGAUGGGUGGACCAGACCGGCGUCAGCAUAAUAUACAAAAACUGGGACACGUCCAACAACCGGUCCCCUCAGCCGGACGGCGGACAGUCCCACAACUGCGCCUUCCUGUCCGAGGCCUCUCGUGGGAAGUGGUUUGACGAGAACUGUCGCGAGGAGAAGCCCUCCGUCUGCCAGUUCAACAUUGUUUGAUCCGUGUUUCUCACCAGACUGCGCAUGGUUAUAGCUGCUUUCAGUGUACCUACUCUUGCUGCAAUGUCACUCUGCCUGCUAUUCUAAAAGGAGAUUUAAACCAGUGGUUCUCACCUGGCUUUAUCGAGUAAAAUCGAUUCUUUGAUUAGAUCGGUCGAUUAAAUCAACUAAUGGAUUAGUCAAUAAAAUACUAUGAGCGUUAUUCGAGUUUCUUUACUCGAGGACAGCCCUACUGGUUUAGAAGUCAGUCAGUUGCAUGAGAGAUAUAGGGGUCGUUAUUUUUCACAAAAGUACAGCAUUCCUUGGGGUCACAAUACAACCAGAAAGAAUACAAUAAACCAGAGAUUGUGGGACAUCCCUCUCCUCCAAAGGACUCAAACAUUUGAUAGAUAUUUGUACAUCUCUUAAAAAAAAAGAUGAUUUUUUGCAAUAAUUUAAGCUUUAAACUCAGACAUCCCUUCACCAUUACUGUAUGUUAACAAGACUCACAUGGAACCAGAAUAAUAAGUGAUAUUGCAUUUACAUAGCUCAAUCUUCAACUGCAUUCAUUCAAAGAGAUUGUUUGAGUUUGCAGCCUUGUAGUCUCUUAUAAUGACUAGCCUGAUGUAACCUGAUCAAUUACCAUCAAUAAACU